AUGGAUUCCCUAUUCCCAGCGAUUUCUCGCUAUAGCAUCGUCGCCACUCGAUUCUUGGAGAUGAAGGAGAUCAUGCAAGUUCUCUCUUCUAUCUUCCUUUAUGUCUCCUCAUUGUCUCAGUCUGUGAAGAAGAUUAUCGAGAUCAAUCCUUACAUGCUUGAAAUUAUGGCUGGAGGAGCUGUUGACUGCCAAUUUUGGCAUAUGAAUUUGGGGAUUAAGACUUCACGAAUUGGCAAACAAGCGCAAAAUUUCAAUUACAUGUGCAUCCAAGCUCUUGGCCAAAAUUUCGUGGCAUGGGUCUGUCUGUUGGGAAUUGGGACCAUGAUAGCUAGGUGGGAUGAAACGGGUCUUGGUCUUUAUUAUGUGGACAGUGAGGGAGGAAGGUUGAAAGGGAUGUAG